UGCUCCUCCCCGUUGGACAGACAGCCGCAUCUCCUGGUGCAGUGCCAGCCGUGUCCCCGAGACACGAUGGUGAAGGUCGGAGUCAACGGAUUUGGCCGUAUUGGGCGCCUGGUCACCAGGGCUGCUUUCAACUCUGGCAAAGUGGACAUUGUCGCCAUGAACGACCCUUUCAUCAACCUUAACGACGUGGUCUACAUGUCCCAGUCUGAUUCCACCCACGGCAAAUUCCACGGCACGGUCAAGGCUGAGAACGGGAAACUUGUCAUCAAUGGAAAGCCCAUCACCGUCUUCCAGGAGCGAGAUCCUGCCAACAUCGAAUGGGGUGAUGCUGGUGCUGAGUAUGUUGUGGAGUCAACUGGGGUCUUCACCACCAUGGAGAAGGCUGGGGCUCACUUGAAGGGUGGGUGA